AUUUUUAUAUUGAAAAAUACAAUCUGCACGUAUCAUUCUGUAAAUUUAACAUGAUUUUGUCACUAAAACAUAAUUGCAAGUCUUCGUUAAUUCAUUUAACCACACGGUCAACCUUGAGAGAGUUUUUCGGGGCACACAGACUUUCAACGACAUCAUUGGCCACGAAGCGUUUUUAUUGGUUGUCUCAAAAGGAACUUGUUGUAUGUAGGCGUGGCGCGGUUUUUGGCGGCCAUUUUGAAAAAAACUUACUGACAGUUAAGGAGUAGCAUUAUGAAUUUCUGUUGUUGUGGACCUGCAGUGCAAAUGUAGACGUUAUUGUUGAUAACAGAGGUGCCAGUGAUUAUGUUUUUACCUGUAUUACAACGAUGGACGAAACGCAGGGGAACCUAGAUGAUGGAGUCAAGAUUGCAGGCGAUGAGAUGCACCCCUCGAUGCGGAGCGGUGCGGAGCUGCGGCAGGAGCAGGGUGCCGGAGAGGUUACCUCGUCUCGCCCUCAGGGUGCUCUGUCCGUCAGGGGCCAGGAGCUGGCGGAGCUGGAGGACCUGACGGAGCUCCACAGCGAUGCUCGCGCGGGGGAGCGCGCGCCGGGCGUAGAUCGCGGAGGUAACGCUACUGUGCGGCGGCCGAGCGCGGAGCGACGGGACGGCCGGCGGGGUCUGCAGAGGACGUCCCGCUCCGCACAGCUCCUCCGGGACUCUGAGGCGGGAAACGGCGAGACGGAGGAGCGGCCGGCGCGGGUCCCGGCGAGUCAGGGCGUGUCCGAAACGCACCCCCGCGAAGCACUGCCCAACGGGACGGAGGAGGAGGAGGAGGAGGAGGAGGAGGAUGUGGUUCGGCUCAACAGCGUGGUCCAGGGGCUCCAGGUUCAGCUGAAGCAGGAGAAGGGGGCGGGGCAGCACCUGACGUACAGGUACGCCGCAGAGUCGUCCACCUAUGAGGUGCGGCUUCGGACGCUGGUGGCGGAGCGGGAGGAGCACCUGGCCCAGCUGGCGCAGAAUCGCGGAGCAGAGCGACAGCGUUUGAGUGAGGAGCACGGAGAAGAGAUUCUGCAGACCCAACAGCGCCCGAGGACCCGCCAGGCCCACGGAGACCACGUUUACUGGUACAUCAGAAACCCUGAGAACCUCGCUGUGCACAGCGCUCACACAGACCAUCUGGACCAGGAUGAGCCUGGAGAACCCUGGGAGAACCCGGACCAGGAAGGCUGCCUCACCAGCGGUCAGGACCACCUGCUGGAGAAGUACCUCGUCUCGGCAGCCCUGAGGGACAGCCGCUGGGUAGAGGACAGCCUGGAUGAUCGCCACCUGCUGGAAGGAGCAGGGAACUACAGGUUUCGGCUUUACAGUGAAGACCUUCUGGAUGGAUCGGCGUCCCUCAGCAGUGACUCGCCAGGCCUGGACGGAAGCUCGUCGGAGGAGGAGGUGGACCUGGGAAAGGCGCUGCUGGUGCAACAGUGUCGGGACCUGGCCGCACAGCUGGAGGACCGUGAGAAACAGCUGGAGGACCGGGAGAAACAGCUGGAGGACCGGGAGAAACAGCUGGAGGAGCUCCGGGACGAGACUCGCGGUUCCGCGGUGGAACUUCGCGCGGCCCUGGAGAAGCGCGACGCAGCGACGGAGGCUCUGGAGUCCGCACAGCGCCACCUGGAGGCGGAGAGAGCGCUGCGGCUGCGGAGCGAGGAGGCGGCUCGGCGCCAAAGCCAGGAGGCGGGCGACCUCCGGGCGCGGCUCGGUCGCCUGCAGAGCCAGCGGGAGGGGGAGGAGCGCGCCCGGGAGGAGGCGCUGGGCCUGAUCGCCUGGCUGAGGGAGGAGAAGGAGCAGCUCCUGGUCCAGCUGAGGGGACAGGAGCAGCUGGUCUGGGACGCGCAGGAGCAGAAGCUGGCCGGGGACUCUGUGACGUGCGAGGUGCAGGCGCUCUUCGGCCGGCAGCUGACCGUGCUGCAGGAGCAGCGCGACCGCCUGCAAGGCAUGCUGAACCGCCAGCAGGCCAAGAACCAGACCGCCUCCCGGCUGCUGGGCCAGAGGACCCUGGAGGUGGACUCCUCCCUGCAGGAGGCUCAGCGCCUCCGGGAGCAGCUGGCAGAGAGGGAGGAGGGCGUGCUGAGGGCCGGGAGAGAGAAGCAGGAGCUGGAGUCGCGGCUGUGUGGCCUCCAGGAGAGUCUGGCGGAGGCGCAGCGGGCCGCGAGGCGGGCGGCGGAGGAAGUGGCCGCCGGGGAGAGCCGCGCGGCGGAGCUGGAGACCAGGGCGAGGAGCGCGGAGAACGCCACGGAGACCGCCAGGGCCGAGUUCCAGAGCCGGCUGGAGGCGCGGGACCGGGAGGUGCAGGAGGUGAGCGCAGAGAGGGAGCAGAGCGAGGAGGAGCACAGGCAGGAGGUGAGCGCAGAGAGGGAGCAGAGCGAGGAGGAGCACAGGCAGGAGGCGAGCGCAGAGAGGGAGCGGGGCGAGGAGGUGCACAGGCAGGAGGUGGGCGCAGAGAGGGAGCAGAGCGAGGAGGAGCACAGGCAGGAGGUGAGCGCAGAGAGGGAGCAGAGCGAGGAGGAGCACAGGCAGGAGGCGAGCGCUUUGCAGACAGAGCUCGCGCGAGUCAGGGAGUCCCUGAGAGACCGGGACAGGGUGUGUGCGGUGGCCAUGGAAACGUUCCUCCAGGAGGAAGCGGAGAAGCUCCACAGCGCUGUGGAGGAGGCAGCUGCCCCCCUGAGGAGCGGUCACCAGGAAGAGACGGGCAGACUCAGGGAGAAACACCAGGAACAAGUGAACGAGCUGCUGGAGGAGAUGCAGAGGAAGCAGUCUGACCUGGGGGAGGAGCAGAAGAGUCGCAUCGCGCUGAUAAAGCAGGUCCACGAGCGCGAGCGCCGGCGGGAGAUGGCCGAGCUGGCCGCUGAGCGGGAGGCGGAGCUCAGCCGCCUGGAGGCGGAGCUAAAGGAGGGCAUGGAGGCCGCCCAUCAGGCUGAGCUGCUGCAGGCACAGACGCAACACUCUCUGGAGCUGGAGAACCUGCGGCUGAGCCUGACCAAUCAGCACGCUCUGGAGCUGGAGACCAUGCGGCUGAGCCUGACCAAUGAGCACGCUCAGGAGCUGGAGCAGUGCCGGAGUGCGCAACAGCGCCACACGGAGGCGGCGCUGAGCGAGCAGCGGGAGAGCCUGGAGGCCGGGUGGGCCCAGGACCGCGCCCAGCUCCACGCUCAGCAGCAGGCCGAGCUGGACCGGGUCCACGACCAGAACCGCGACCAGGCCCGGCGGGUCCAGCAGCAGCAUCGGCAGGAGAAGGAUGAUUUGAACCAGGAGUGGGAGGCUCGAAUGCAGAAAGAGAAGGUCCGGAUGGAGGAACUGCAGGCCAAUCAGAUUGAGGCGCUGAGGGCGGAGUGGCAGGGGGAGUCGGACCGGGCCCAGGAGAAGCUCCAGAGCCGGCUGAAGGAGAUGCAGGAGGCGUGCGCGGAGUGGGACGCCGCUGUCGGAGCGGACGCGGAUCUGGUGCCCAGCCACCAGGGGGCGCUGCAGGAGCAGCAGGACCGUGCGCGACACCUGGAGGAGCUCUGUAGCGCCAGCGCUGAGAGGGAGCAGCGACUGCAACAGGAAGUGAAGAGACUGCAGGCAGACCAUGUGACCCUGAAGUGGAGCUCCGAACAGGAAGUGGACCGUCUGCGGACCGAGCUCGAGCGCAUGAGGGCCAGCUGUCAGGAGCAGGAAGGGCUGAGGGAGCAGCUACUGGCCCGCUCCCCCCGGGGGGAGGAGGUGCAGCCGCAGGAGGAGGUGCAUCGGCAGGAGCUCGCCCAAGCGGAGGAGGAGGUGCAGCGGCUGACGCGGGAGCUCUCCCAGGUGGAGGAGGUGCAGCGGCAGGAGGAGGUGGAGGAGCUGAAGCAGGAGCUCUCCCAGGCAGAGGAGGAGGUGCAGCAGCUGAAGCAGGAGCUCUCCCAGGCAGAGGAGGAGGUGCAGCAGCUGAAGCGGGAGCUCUCCCAGCAGCAGCAGGAGAUCCAGGAGCAGAAGGAGGCGGAGCUGAAGAACUUGCGCUCCUACUUCGAACGGCGGCUGCGCGUGGCGGAGGAGAGCCACCGGGAGGAGGUGGCCCUGCUCCAGCGCCGGCUGGCGGAGGGCACCGAGGAGAACGCCGCCCCCCAGGGGGGGAACGCCAGCUUCCUGUCGGAGGGGGACGUGGAUGAGGACAAGGCCGACAUGCUCGCAGAGAUAAACAUGAAACUGGAAAAACACAAGGAGGAGCUGUACUGUCUGCGCUUGCGGUUGGAGGAGAAGCACACUGCGGAGCUGGAUCAGCUGCAGGCCAGCCUGACCCUGUCGCACCGCGAGCAGCUCCUGCAGGUGAAGACGCACCUGGCCGACCGCUACUUCCGCCAGACCCAGGACCUGAAGGCCCAACACUCCCAGGAGCUGGAGCAGCAGCGAGCCAAGCUGACCGAACACCACGCCAAAGAGAUCAGCAGGCUGCGUCUGCGCAGUGCCCAGGACGCGGCUCGGCAGGUGGAGCGGGAGCUGGAGGAGAGGGGCCGGGUGCUGGCGGGACAGGCCCGCUCGGAGAGGAGCCGAAUCCGGGGCCUGGAGGAGCAGCUGGCCGCUCUUCGGACUGAGCAGGAGGAGCAGCUGAGGCAGGCCGCAGAGCGGAGCGGGGAACUCGCCCGAAAGGCCCAGGAGAAGCUGAAGCAGGAGUUUGCGGAGCAGCUGCGUGUGGCCGUGCGGGAGGCCCAGGCGCAGGAGAGGGAGCGGGCGCUCCAGGAGCUCUCCCAGGAGAAGGAGGAGGCGCUGGGCAGGCUGAGGGAGGAGCUGCGGGCCCAGGAGGAGGCCCGAGUCUCCACCCUGAGGGAGGAGCUGGAGCAGGCGGCCGCUGAGGAGCGACGGGCCCUGCAGGAGCAGCAGGAGGAGGAGGAGCGGAGGCGCGGGCGCUCCCCACGGGACAGUCCGGAGAGCGAGAGCGACCCCCGCGUCCUGGCAGUGAGGCGCAAGGUGGAGGCGCAGUUCCAGAGGGAGCUCCUCACCGCCAAGCGCCUCAUGGCCGAGGAGGUGAAGGAGCUGAACGCCGUGCUGCUGGAGCAGGCGGAGGCCAAGCUGCAGGAGGCGCAGAGGAGGUUCGAGAAGGAGCAGAAGGAGCGGGAGGAGAAACUGGGCUUGGAGCAGGAGGCCGCUCUUCGGGACCUGACCAAGAAGCACGGCGAGGAGCUGGAAUCCCAGAAGGCUUUGCUGGGGGAGCGCGUGCGCAGUCUGGAGGAGGACCGUCAGAAUCUGGAGGAGAGGCACAAAAACAGGGCGGAGCUUGAUUCGCUGAGGGCGGAGCUACAGGCCAAACACAAGGCGGAGCUGGACUCUCAGGAGGCGGAGCUUCGGGCCAAACACAGGGCGGAGCUGGACUCUCAGGAGGCGGAGCUUCGGGCCAGACUCCAAGGGGACAGGGACGAGCUGGAGGCCCGGAUGCUGUCCAACAUGGACACCCUGGAGUCGGCCUACCUGGCGCAGAUCCAGGCGGGUCGAGACGAGAGGGACGGGGCGCUGCAGGCCCUGCGGGACCGGGAGAGGGCUCACGCGGCGCAGCUGGACCGGCUGAGAACACAGCACCAGGCCAAGCUGGGUCUCAUCUGCAUAGAGCUGCGCAGAGAGCUGGACCAGCUGCUCAUGGACAAGCCCUCCAGCACAGCACCUCAACCAGCCCAGAACCAGCCUUCCACCACAGCACCUCAACCAGCCCAGAACCAGCCCUCCAGCACAUCACCUCAACCAGCACAGAACCAGCCCUCCAGCACAGCACCCCAACCAGCCCAGAACAAGCCCUCCAGCACAGCACCUCAACCAGCCCAGAACCAGCCCUCCAGCACAGCACCCCAACCAGCCCAGAACAAGCCCUCCAGCACAUCACCUCAACCAGCCCAGAACCAGCCCUCCAGCACAUCACCUCAACCAGCACAGAACCAGCCCUCCACCACAGCACCUCAACCAGCCCAGAACCAGCCCUCCAGCACAUCACCUCAACCAGCACAGAACCAGCCCUCCACCACAGCACCUCAACCAGCCCAGAACCAGCCCUCCACCACAGCACCUCAACCAGCCCAGAACCAGCCCUCCACCACAGCACCUCAACCAGCCCAGAACCAGCCCUCCACCACAGCAUCUGAACAAGCCCAGGCCCAGAAGCUGAGCGCUGGGACGUCCGGCCGGGAGGACCCAGAGGAGGAGGUGCCAGUGGAGGUGCUGGUGGAACAGCUGGAGGAGCCGGACUUUGUGGCUUCUGGAGACAGGGUCGCUCUGGGGCUGGGACAGCUGUUCUCCAAGCUAAAGACUGAUCUAAGAACGGUGGCUGAAGAGAGGAGAGGCUUGCUGGAGGCGCACAUGCAGCUGCAGGAGGUGCUGCAGGAGGUGGUGAGGAGGACCGUGGCCACAGAGGAGGAGGUCCUGCGGAGGAUACGUGCCCACGCGGAGCCCGGGGUGGGCUGCGGAGGGGAGGCGGGAGAGAAGCUUCCGGACUCCUGCCUUCAGUCGGCUCUGACGGACGAGGGUGUGGGCCUAUCGCAGAAGCCCUGGCAGAGCCUGUUCUCCGGGCUGGCGCUGGGGCGGGACCCGCAGGUGGAGGAGGCGGUGCUGGGAGUCUCUGCCCGUCUGUGCUCUGUGGUGCGCAAGCUGCUGGACCUGUCACAGUUGGAGCCGCACCCCCCGAGGCCACAGGUGCCCCUGGAGGAGCACCUCAUCCAGAGCGGGCCGGACUCUGCCCCAUCCCAGCUGCAGGAGUACCGCCCCCCAGAGCAGCUGCACAGGGGGCCAGCUGAAUUUGGCACAGUGGAGAAGGCUGCUCUGGAGGAGGUGCUACAGCAGAAGGAGGCGCAGGUGCAGGAGCUGGUGGAGGAGCUGCAGCGGCUGGACGCGGAGCUGCAGGAGCUCCGUGAGGAGCGUGCCCUCCUACUCCGUCAGAGGGAGGCCCUUGCUGAGCCCCUGGGGGACACAGAGCGGGCGCUGCUGGAGGAGGCGCAGCGCCUCCUGCAGGAGAAGGUGGAGGCGCAGCGGCAGGCGGAGGAGGACCGGAGCAGGCUGGCGUCGAGGCUCCGGCUGAUGGAGGUGGAGGUGGAGGAGCGGGACGGCGGCAGGCUGGAGGCGGAGCAGCAGCACCGCGCCCAGGUGGAGGACCUCCGCCUGCAGGUCCACGCCCUGGAGAAGCAGCUCCGCCACCACCGGCAGUUCAUUGACGAGCAGGCCGUGGAGCGGGAGCUGGAGAGGGAGGAGUUCCAGCAGGAGAUCCAGAGGCUGGAGGCGCGGCUGAGGCGCUCGUCCCGGCCCCGCCCAGGAGGAGGAGGAGGAGGCGGCGAGGAGGACAAGAUUGAGGACUUGGUUCUCCAGGUGGAAAACCUGCGGGCGGCCAUCAGGCAGAAGAGCGAGGACUGCGAGCGGCUGCUCCUCACGAAAGAGAAGUACCGCGGCGACGUGGCCGAGCAGAACGAGCAGAUCCACACCAUGGCAGCGCGCAUCUGCGAGCUGGAGCGCGCUCUGUUAGACACGAGCCCGUCCGGUCACACGCUGGCCCCGCAGGAUGCAGCGCAGGACAGAGCCCCCCUGCUGUGCUCCAGCUGCCUGCAGGUGUUUGCUCUGCAGCGUAACGCAGACGACCCCCGUCAGUGCCCCCCCAGGAGUGGGGCGGGCCACCCCCUGGACCAGCAGCUCCAGGCAAUACAGAUGGAGCUCCGUACAGCCGGUGUGGGGCAGGUACAGGAGAACGAUCACGCCGCGCGCCCCCUCCCGGAAGCGGACGGACACGAGGACACGCCCUCCGUGCGUCUGGACCCCCCGGACCAGCUGGAGGAGCAGAGGCGGGAGAUCCGCCAGCUCGGCGAGGAGAUCCUCCGUCUACGCCGGGAAGCCGACGCCUCCCAGGACCAGGCAGUGGAGGAGGCGCGCGCGGAGGUGGAGGAGCUGCGGUCGCAGGUGGAGCACCUCCGCAGCGACAGGGAGCGUCUGCGGCAGGACAGGGAGGUGGAGGAGGAGCGGCUGCACGAGGUCAUCCACAAGCUGCAGGAGGAGCUGGAGCGGGCGGAGUCCGAGCGGUACGAACUCAGCACAUCCUCCGAGAGCAGCCCCGCCCCGCCCCUCCCCCACACCCCCCGCGGCCUGGAGCACAGCCUGCGGCAGGAGCUGAGCCACCACGCCCCCGUCCCAGAGCCGCGGUGGGAGGCGCAGCCAGGUCCUGGCGGGACGGGGGCGCAGAAGCGUGGGGGAGACGCUCCGGACGGGCCCGUCCCAGCAGAGACCCUCCGGACCGUGCUGGAGGCCCUGGAGGGCCAGGUUCAGGAGGGCCAGGCCAGAAUACACCAGCUGGAGACAGAGAAGGAGGAGCUGAGGCAAGCCAAGGGCCGGCUCCAGGAGGAAGUAGGAAGACUGCGACAGGAAGUGACAUCAAAGAGAGACCACAUCCAGCAUCUGAACUCUGGGCUAGGGGGAAGGACGACGGGAGCAGGGGACCUGAAAGAGGUGCUGACCGUUGCCGAGGAGACGCUGGCCAAGGCGGAGGUGGCUCUGAGGGAGAACGAGGAACGUCUAGCUCAGGGAAGGGCGGAGCAUGAGGCCUUGAACAAGGAGCAUGAUGCCUUGUGGGCGGAGCAUGAUGCCAUGAAGGAGGAGCAUGAGGGCUUGUGGGCGGAGCAUGAGGCCCUGAAGGCGGAGCAUGAGGCCCUGAAGGAGGAGCCUGAUGCUCUGAAGGCGGAGCCUGAUGCUCUGAAGGAGGAGCAUGAGGCCUUGAAGGAGGAGCAUGAGGCCCUGAAGGAGGAGCAUGAGGCCUUGAAGGAGGAGCAUGAGGCCCUGAAGGCGGAGCCUGAUGCUCUGAAGGCGGAGCCUGAUGCCCUGAAGGAGGAGCAUGAGGCCCUGAAGGCGGAGCCUGAUGCUCUGAAGGCGGAGCCUGAUGCCCUGAAGGCGGAGCAUGAGGCCCUGAAGGCGGAGCAUGAGGUAUUGUGGGCGGAGCAUGUUUCCUUGAAGAUGAAGUUUGCUGCUGUACAGGAGGAGCUGAGCUCCAGCGCACACAGGACAGAGACGCUGAUGCAGGAAAGCCAGACUGAGGACAGAGCGCUCGCUGACCUGGGUAUCCACAGCCAGCUGCUUGGGCUGGCCGGCCAGCAGGGGGAGCCAGAGAGCCGCAGCCUGCAGGGCGAUGCCUGCACCCGACACGGGGCCCCCGGGCGUGGCUCCUUCCUGCUCGGCCUGCGGUACGAGGCCUCCUCACGCCCCCCGGGAGGGCUGCGUACCCCGAGCUCCAGCGGGGACCCCGCCUCUGAGCUCCCCUCCCCCCCGCUGUCCCAGGACCUUUCCCAGCCCCCUGAGGCCUUCAGCACCCCGCUCACCCUCUCCGCCUCCGCCUCGGAGCGCCCCUCCACCCGGGACUCCCCCCUCUCUGAGCAGGUGAAGACCCUGGACGAGCGGUACUUCACCGGACUGGAGGAGUGGCCCAGCGAUGCUGACUGCAGCAGCGUAAGCUCGCACCGGGACACCACUCUGCAGGAGCAGUGGGGUGCGCCGGAGGGCCUGAGUGCCAGUUUUCUGGAGUACCUGCACAAUCGGGACAUGUCUGUGGCAGAGAGGACGGACAGCGCCACGGAGAGCAUGGGCCAGGACGCCGAGCUCCUCUCUCCCGAACUACAGAGCUGGCUGAAGAGGGUGUACAGGGAGGGACACAGGGUCCUCUCCUUGUCCGAGCGCCCUGUCCCGGUCACCGUGACGACCCCCAGCCCUCUCGAGGCUCCGCCCCCCUCCUGGCAGGCAGAGAGACGGGCUCUGCAGCAGACCGUCCUCUCCCUCAGAGAGCUGCUGUGCAAGAUGGCCGCCAGAGAGCCCAAGGAGGAGCAGUGGCGGCUGCACCUGGAGCAGCUCCUCUCCGCGGACCGGCUGGCCCUCCUGGAGGAGGUGCAGCACCUGCGCUCCCUGCUGUGCGCCUCCAGCCUGCGGAGCCAGGAGCAGCUGCGCCUCCUGCAGGCCUCCCUCAGCGCCUCACAGCAGGAGCACAGCCAGUACCGACACGUGUUCAUCCGCACAGGGGAACUGCUGGAGCCCCAUCUGACAGAGAGGCAGCUGGGACGAACGGAUCAGCCAACUACACAGAGGGCAGGAGGGGCGGAGCAGAAGGCCCAGCUGUGGGCGGAGCAGACAGGAGGGGCGGAGCAGAAGGCCCAGCUGUGGGCGGAGCAGACAGGGGGGGCGGAGCAGAAGGCCCAGCUGUGGGGGGAGGAGCAGAAGGCCCAGCUGUGGGAGGGGCUGGUGAGCACGGAGAUGUCCCAGGAGGCCGAGCGUCACCAGCAGAGCGAGCAGUCUCACUGCGAGGCGCUGAUCGCAGAGGAGAGCAAUCGGGCUAUUGACCACGCCCGCAGCCUGGAGGAGGAGGUGCAGAGGAGGCGCGAGGCGCUCAGACAGCUGGAGGAGGAGAGGGUGAGCCACGUCCACAGCCUGGAGGAGGAGGUGCAGAGGAGGCAGGAGGCGCUCAGACAGCUGAAGGAGGAGAGGGUGAGCCAUGCCCAAAGCGUGGAGGAGGAGACGCAAAGGAGGCGUGAGGUGCUCAGACAGCUGGAGGACGAGAGGGCGAGCCACGCCUGCAGCCUGGAGGAGGAGGUGCGGAGGAGGUGUGAGGUGCUCAGACAGCUAGAGGAGGAGAGGGUGAACCACGCCUGCAGCCUGGAGGAGCAGGCCCGGCAGCACGAGGAGGCGGUGUCCGAGGACAGGAGGUUCAUCCAGGAGCUGCGGGCUCAGCUGGAGCAGGAGCGCGGGCAGAGCGAGGAGCUGGCGGCCGCCAUGGAGCGUCUGCACCGGCAGGUCGUUCACACCAAGCGGCAGCUGGAGGAGGAGGCGCAGAGGAGGCGAAAGGCGGCUCAGGGGGAGCACAAAGCCGCCCUCGGUCUGGAGGAGCAGAGGCGCAGAGCCAACCAGCUGCAGGCACAGCUGGACCUCCUGAGAGAGGAGGCGCGCUCUGUGAAGGACGAGUGCAGGACACUGAGGAGGCAGGAGGAGCAGGAGGAGACAGACAGAAAGCACAGCUCCAUCUGUCACAGGCUGAGUCAGAGCGCCGCCCUGCAGGCUGAUGGGUGUAAUGCUGAGACUGAGCUGCAGCUCUCAGUCCACAUGGCAAACCAGCCCUACAGCAGCAAGGUGCAGCGGCUGUACUGCCGGUACUUGCGGUCGGAGAGCCACAGGAAGGCGCUGGCGUUCCAGAAGCGCUACCUGCUCCUGCUGCUGGGCGGGGCCCUGGACGGCCAGCACGCCACGCUGGCGCUCGUGGCCCGCAUGGGGGCGUGUCCCUCGCCUGCGGCUCCGCCCCCCCGGCCCAGCCCCGCCGCGCGCUUCAGGACCGCCGCCCUCGCGGCCGUCGCCGUCUCGCGGCUGUCGCUCCUGGUUAGGAAGUGGCGGAGGGCCUUCAGAACGGUCCCGCCGGACAGCGCUCAGACCACGGAGCACAGCUCCAGAGCCGGCUCCAGCAUCAAACCUGAGGUGCUGAGACGACAGCAGCCGUCUGCGGCCCAGAGCUCCGCCCCCUCCUGUUACACCCAGCCUCUCGCAAGAGGGCGGGGCUUCGGUCCUGUCCGUCAAGUCACCCUUCAGCCUGUGCAGCAGGCUCAACCGCAGACCAUCAGACAGAAAAGUAACUGAAUACCUCAUCUUAAAAUUAUACUGCAAAGCAUCAAUCAGUGUGUACAUUAUGUAUUAAGGUUUCAAUAAAACAUUUUUUAUAAAAACAAAUU